CGGCCUCGCGGGUGGAGUACUUCGCGACCCCUGCGCGACCCGGCGACCCCGGCUGCUUCGGCCACCAUGCCGCGCUCUUUUCUCGUCAGGAAGUCCGCCUGCUCCCGCCGGAGGCCCAACUACAGCGAGCUGCACGACUCUUCUCCAGAGUUUACCUUCCAGCAGCCCUACGACCAGGCCCACCUGCUGGCGGCCAUCCCACCUCCCGAGGUCCUCAACCCCACGGCCUCUCUGCCCACGCUCAUCUGGGACUCUCUCCUGGCACCCCAAGCCCAGCCCAUCGGCUGGGCCUCCCUUCUGCCCCAGGAGGUCCCCAAGGCCGUGGAGCUGACCUCCCUGUCGGACGAGGACAGUGGGAAAGGCUCCCAGCCCCCCAGCCCCCCCUCACCGGCUCCUUCGUCCUUCUCUUCCACCUCAGCCUCUUCCUUGGAGGCCGAGGGAUAUGCUGCCUUCCCAGGCUUGGGCCAGUUGCCCACGCAGCUGGCCGGGCUCUCCGUGGCCAAGGACUCCCAGACUCGAAAGGCCUUCAACUGCAAGUACUGCAACAAGGAAUACCUCAGCCUGGGUGCCCUCAAGAUGCACAUCCGAAGCCACACGCUGCCCUGCGUCUGUGGCACCUGCGGGAAGGCCUUCUCCAGGCCCUGGCUGCUGCAGGGCCACGUCCGGACCCACACCGGUGAAAAGCCCUUUUCCUGCUCCCACUGCAGCCGUGCCUUUGCUGACCGCUCCAACCUUCGGGCCCACCUACAGACCCACUCAGAUGUCAAGAAGUAUCAGUGCAAGACAUGCUCCCGAACCUUCUCCCGCAUGUCCCUGCUGCACAAACACCAAGAGUCAGGCUGCUCAGGGGGCCCCCGCUGACCCUCAAGGCUUCUUCUGCCUCUCCAGACCCCCCCCUCCACUGCAGCCUCCCCAACUCCAGAAGGAAGGUGCCCCCAUCCUUCUCACUGCCACGGAAUUCCCUUCUGAGCUCCCC